UGUGUUUACCGUAUCUUUCGGCCUAUAAGUCGCAGUUUUUUUCAUAGUUUGGCAUGGGGUGCGACUUAUACUCUGGAGCAACUUAUGCUUAAAAUAUUAACACAUUAUGAUAUCAUUUCACAUAUUAUUUUUGUGUUUUGGAGUUACACUGAUGGUUUGGUAAACUUGUUAGUAUGUUCUUUAUGUUAUAGUUAUUUGAAUAACUCUUAAUAGCUAUGUUACGUUAACAUAUAGGCCACGUUUGCAUUUCAUUUUUCAUGCAUCAUGUAACAUUAUCAUACUGUACACUUAUUCAGCAUGUUGUUCUCUAUUGUGCUUUUAUUUUAAAUUGCCUUUCAAGAUGAUAUAACUGUUCUAUGUGCUGGAUUCUAUCAAAUAAAUUUCCCCCAAAAAUGCGACAUAUAUGUUUUUUUCCUUUUCAUUGCGCAUUUUUGGGCUGCUGCGACUUAUACUCAGGUGCGACUUAUAGUCCGAAAAAUACGGUACUUUUUAUGGUUUUUAGGAUAUUUUUAUAUUCGACUGUUACAUUCUUGUAAGCUUUGUUGGCAAGGCAUUGUGCCAGAUUAUGAAGAGCAAAACUGCAAAAACUCAAAAUAUUCAGAAGAAAUGUACAAAAAUUGCAAAAAGGUAUGUUGUUUUAUAUUUUAAGUUCUUUAAAUGAAUUGAUUUUUGUAUACUAUAAUUGGUGUUGUCCCAGGAAAGGACCCUGUGGUACCCCUUUAUGUCUUUUGACAUUUUUGCAUGAUUAUCGGUGUGGCUCUUAUGUCCUAUUUUAUUCUUAGAUCACAAUACAAUUUCCUAUUUAAUAUUUACAGAAUCUGGACAAAAACAUGUGCUUUAGUUUUCAAAUAGUAAGCGUGCGGCCCCCGCCCACCCGGCGAACCCGGCGCCCGGUCCCGACAAUCCAAUUUAGGGAUCGCACCAUCUGGAAUUAGCUUGUUUUGACCAGGUUGCAAAGCACCAUGGGAGGUCAGGGGGCUUACAGCUUAGCUUUAUAAAGGCGUUGAGCCGACCUCAAACUGCCCGCUGGCGCUUCGGAACUUCUCCCCGAUUUUGAGUUUCCUAUACGCAUACGUAAACGGCAAAGAUGGUUUUGGACGAUUCCGACGUGGAGAUGAUAGUGACCGACGUUGAAGUUGCUGAGCACGAUGUAGAGACCCCCUACGGAAGACUCCACUGCACCAUGCGGGGAGUCCCCAAAGGAGAGCGGCCCAUCAUCCUCACCUUCCACGACAUCGGACUCAACCACAAGACAUGCUGGGACUCGCUGUUUAACAACGAGGACAUGGCAGAGAUCUUGCACCACUUCGCCGUGUGUCACGUGGAUGCCCUGGGGCAGCACGAGGGCGCCAACACCUUUUCCACUGGCUACGAGUACCCGACCAUGGACGAGCUCUCCGAGACGCUCCCGCUGGUGCUCAAGCAUUUCGGGCUGAAGUCUGUUAUUGGAUUAGGGAUGGGAGCCGGAGCCUACAUGCUGACCAAAUUCGCUCUGGAUUACCCGAAAAUGGUGGAAGGUCUGGUGCUCAUCAACAUCAACCCGUGUGCCGAAGGCUGGAUGGACUGGGCCGCGCACAAGAUCAGCGGUUGGACCCACGCCAUGCCCGACUUGGUCAUCAGCCACCUCUUUGGGAAGGAGGAGAUCAACCACAACCAGGACAUGGUGGCUACGUACCGCCAUCACGUGUUAAAGGACAUGAACCAGUUCAACCUGCAGCUCUUCAUUAAGGCCUACGAAAGUCGAAGAGACCUGGAGAUUGAGAGGCCGGUUCCGGGAAGCAACAACAGAACCCUCAAGUGUCCCAGCCUUCUGGUUGUUGGGGACAGCUCGCCUGCUGUGGACGCUGUGGUUGAGUGCAACACUAAACUGGACCCCACAAAAGCGACACUCCUUAAGAUGGCUGACUGUGGGGGCAUGCCCCAAAAUGAUCAGCCUGGCAAACUCACAGAGGCGUUGAAGUACUUCAUUCAGGGCAUGGGAUACAUGCCGUCAGCCAGCAUGACCCGGCUGGUGCGCUCUCGCACGGCCUCGGGUUCCAGCGUGACGUCCUUCGAAGGCUCUCGCUCCCGUUCGCACACCCAGGAGGGCAACCGCUCGCGCUCGCACACCAACGAGGGCCCGCGCUCACGCUCCCACACGGCAGACCACCAGCGGGGCGCCGCCCCCGCGGCCGACGCGGCCCCCGCCGUGGACCAGGGCAUGCUCAAGGCCCCCGAAGUAUCCUGCUAAAUCGACAAAAGACGUCUCAUUUAACCCCAUUCUUUAUUUGCUACACCACUGUCAUCAUGUUUUUGAAUUUUUAUUUUUUAAAUCUGGAUUAGGAGGACCUGUGCUUCCGGGUCUGCUGACGUAGUGUGUAAAGGCAUCGCUAGGGGGUGACAGAGAGCACACAGGAAUGUUAUCGUGCGUCAUUAUUGGUUUCUUCCUGUUCUUUUCUACCAAACGGACAAUUCUUUUCACAUAUAGCUGAUUUUUAUGCAUUUUCAUUCGCUAACGGGGCAGUAUAACACUUGCCCCAUGUGUUAAAUCUCCAUGCUAUGUACAGAAUUUCAAGGUGUGGCACUUAAACGCGACAAUUUUUAUGAAAUUUCCCUCAAAAGUGGUGCAGUAGUGAUAAGAUUUUACAUCUAUGAAUUAAAAUUGAUGGCGCAGUGUAACACACGUCAACUUUUGCGCGACUUCAAUCGAUGGCGGGGCAGUGCAACGUUUGCCCCAAAUGCUAAAUCACCACUACUCGAAGAAAAUGUUUGCUCAUUUUCAAUUGAUGGAGCCGAUAUGCAAAAUUUCCAAAUACUAAAAAGAACAAGCUAUGAAGCUACAUUUUACCCCAACGACGCCAUCUGCUGGUUCUAGCGGGGCGCUACUCCUUGUGGACCAUUGCCAUUUUUAUUUCAUUUUCAAUCUAGAUGAGGAGCGUUGAGCCUGGUGAUGGUGUAGUAAGUAGGGGCAUCAUUAGGGGGUGACGGAGAGUGCGGAGGAAGCUUGUUGCGCGUCAUUUUUUUCCCUCUUCCUGUUCUUAUUUUUACUCCACUGACAGCGUUCUCAUAUUUUAUGCAUUUCUUUAACUUUGCUUCUGCUUGGGAAAAAAUAUUUUUGGAUAAGAAAAAAGCUACAUUAAGGGACAUACUGUCUGUCGUUAAUCCAAACCACUCUUAAUCAAAAAGCUUUGUUAACAACGCCGGCAGACGAAACAAUUAACCGUUUUUUAUACAAGUUUUUUUUCUAUACAAUCAAGCACAACAGAACAAAGCGGUGCCACGCGGUCGUUCUCUUUGUGCGUACGUGCGAGAUGUCAAAAGUUUGGAUGAUUGUUGUUAUUAAUGAUAACGCGUAGAACUCAGCUGACGCUCUCUCUUUCCUCUACGUUGGCAAAAACGUUUUGCUUUUGUAGGAGCUUAUUGUUGACAGCUUGUAAAGAUGCUGGCGAUCGAGCGCCAUAACAGUUUGUAUUUAUUAAGAAAAAAAUGACAUUAAAAAAAUUGUAACUAAAUCUGA